GCUUUGGGAUGUAGAUGGAUAUAAAUGCUUUGGGAUUGUUUUAAGAAGUUGGUGUUUACCUUUAGAUAAAUCUGGGUGGCGCAGGAAUACAGAGCCUUCGUUUGCUCUGGAGGUGGUGUUUAUAAAGUGGUGUCCUUGGGAGGAAAGCAGGAAUUUUCAGAAGUUCUCUCUUUUAGCUGUCUGAUUUCUCUGUACUUUGAUGCUGAGAGAAGGGACAAAAUUGAUCUGUUAUUAACUAUAUGUCUUUGCUUUGUCCCACUUUGCAAAGGUCCAUCUUCAGGUUUGGGAAACUUGUCCUGGAUUUAUGGCUAAUGUGGCCACGUUCUAAAAACCAUUGGAAUUAUAGAAACAUUUAGAAAUUGCAGUGAGCUGCAUCCUGUGGGUUUGUGUACCAGAAGAUGUGUCUGUUCCUUGCUUUAGGCUUGCUGUAAAAUUAAAUGUGAAAAUUACUCUUAAAAGCAGCUGUUUAAUGGCUGGAACCUGGAAUUAACUUGACACUCAGUUAAUGUUUCUGUUGACACAGUGAAGGUGAAAUGUGGGGGGGAUAAACGUAGGCUAACCUUGCUUUGAAGUUGAUUUUGACUUUUUGAGAUGGAAACAGCUUUCUGUUCUUUGCCUAUCAGGUACAAUGUUCAGUAAAAAUGCUUGACAUUGCAAUUGUCUGGCAAAAUUAAACUUUGUAUUUAUUCUAUUUUAGAUGCAGGGGUGCUGAUCAAGGACUGAAUGUAGAUCUUUGUGUUGGAUAGGCAGAUGUGACCAUGGAAAUGUCUGGCUUGUGAUUAUUUGUGUGUUUGCUUGAGAACUCAGAGGUUUACCUGCUGCUGCCAAUCUUUAGAGCCAGCACAGCCACCAGCUUCAACUGGUUUGGGUUUCUAUGUCAGCAGAAUGGUUUACCAUGUUCCAUUAUUGGGGAUUCCUUGUUGCUGGUGAUGGGUGAGCCUGAAAAAAUACAGCUUUGCUUGCACAUCAUAGGCUCUUCUUUAGCCCAUUGUGCUGAAGACCAGAAGUUCUGCCUGAUCAGGAGUCUCUGUUAGCAAUUCAAGUUAGCUGAAGAAUGGAAGGGGUUGAGUUUAAGGAAGAGUGGCAAGAUGAAGAUUUUCCAAGGCCUCUGCCAGAGGAUGAUCCUGUUGAGUCUGAUGAAUUGGCUGCAGCUGGAACAGAAAGUGAACCUGAUGCAGAGGGUAAUGGAACCAAAUUGAGGAAGAAACUAAUGGCUCCAGAUAUUAGCUUAAAUUUGGAUCCCAGUGGGGAAUCUGUUUUGUCUGAUGACUUGGAUGAGAGUGGAGAGAUUGAUUUGGAUGAUUUAGAUACUCCUUCAGAAAAUAGCAAUGAAUUUGAAUGGGAAGAUGAUCUUCCAAAACCAAAAACUACUGAUGUCAUUAGGAAAGGAUCACUGGCUGAGUACACUGUGGCAGAGGAGAAGGAUGAUGGCCGACGCUGGCGAAUGUUCAGGAUUGGAGAACAGGACCAUAGGGUGGACAUGAAGGCAAUUGAACCAUACAAAAAAGUGAUCAGUCAUGGUGGUUAUUAUGGUGAUGGGUUAAAUGCCAUUGUUGUGUUUGCUGUUUGCUUCAUGCCUGAGAGCAGCCAGCCUAACUACAGAUACCUAAUGGACAAUCUAUUUAAGUAUGUAAUUGGCACUUUAGAGCUGUUAGUAGCAGAGAACUAUAUGAUAGUUUACCUGAAUGGUGCAACAACACGGAGAAAAAUGCCAAGUUUAGGCUGGCUUAGGAAAUGUUACCAGCAGAUUGAUAGAAGGUUAAGGAAAAAUCUGAAAUCCUUGAUCAUAGUUCAUCCUUCCUGGUUCAUCAGAACACUCUUGGCCAUCACAAAACCUUUUAUUAGCUCAAAAUUCAGCCAAAAAAUUAGGUAUGUCUUUACCCUGGCAGAACUAGCUGAACUCAUCCCCAUGGAAUACGUUGGCAUCCCAGAAUGCAUAAAACAGUAUGAAGAAGAAAAGUUUAGAAAGAAACAGAAAAGAGUUGACCAAGAGCUGAAUGGGAAACAAGAGCAGGGAAGUGAACAGUAAGUUUGGAGUCCAAGCAAGGCUGAAGAACAGGCAGAUGGAAUGAUGCAGUUUGUGCUCCAUUACAGUGCAUUCUUUGUGUGUAUGUAUUAUAUAAUCUGUUGCAAAAGGUGCUUUGGACUAGCACACAAUGAACUGCUUACUGCUGUAUUGGUUUGUCUUGACUUUAAUUGCUGUUUAUGUAAUCGUUUUAUACUGCUAAAUGGCAAAGAACCCUAUGUUUUCAGAGGAUGUUCUUGCAGCUGUUUAUCUAAAUGAUGCAUGUUCUUCAGUAAAAUAUUUAUAUACCUAAAUGUUAAAGGAAAGAGAUAAUAUAUAUAUUUUUAUGACUGAGCAAUAUAUUGUGUGUACCUGCUGAAAGAAUUCAUUUGCAGGUAGACAAGGCCAUAAGUUACUUGUUGUUAUUGUAUAAAUCUGUUUUGCUGUAAAUGGUCAAGUGCAUUUCUUUGUUGUCAUGAGAACUUGUUUGGAUAUUAAUGAUCAUUAACUUGACUUUCAGAAAUACAGAGAUGCUUAUUUUUGUUCAGCUAGCUUAUACAAGCACACUCCUUUCCCUCACUGGAGUGAGCUUCAACUUCGGUGUGUUUCAGUCCAUGGUUCAGGAUGCAGAGCUGCUGCUCUGUGGGUGGCAGUUUGUUGGCCAUGAGGUUUAAGCCUAAGCCACAAAAGCUGAACUGUCUGACCAGUAAGAUACUGGACCUUUUUCAGAUGAAUUGUGAAUUUGGAUUCAGUAUGUCCAGACUGUCUCAGCUAGCAGUAGGAAAUCAGUUCAGUCAUGGUCUAUAUGGUCAUAUAGAGCUUGGGAGCUGCACAGGUACUGUAGCCACAGUACCAUUUUUGGGGCAGAAAUAUGAGAAGUCUUAUGCUCCCUGUGUCAUUCUUGUAGAUGAAACAUCCAUUUCCAAAGCUGUUAGGCACAUGAUACCAGCACUAAUUUAACUUUUAAGUGUUUUAAAGGUUGGAGUUUCACUCACCACAAUGGCAGUAAAUCUUGAUCUGUAAAGAAGUGUUCUUGGACACAUAACUAGUGUGUGUAGGUUUACUGGGACAACAGUAAUGCACUGGUUGAUACAUGUAAAAGUUUGUAACAUCUUUUGAUAAACAUUGCAUUUUCCAUGUAAGGGCAGGUGUAUGCAAAUAAAUUCGUUCAGGAGUUGAGCAAUAUAGUGUUGUAGCAAGUAUAUUGAAUCUUUGCUUUUGGUGUUUAUUGUGCUCACAAUUUUGUCUUAAUGCCAAAAAAUAUCACUUUUUAACUAUAUUUAAUGUUACUCAGUUACCUUAUUAAAAAAGAAAAAGUUAUAUUCAACCAGGUUACUACCUGGCAGUGAUAAAUAGCAGUUGUGAGAUGUUCCAUGGUCAAGGCUUACCAAGUAGCAAUUAAUCCACUGUCUCCAGUGAUACUUGUUUAGAUGAGAGCAUAUGGAUGUCAGCUGAGGGAAAACAGCUCAUGCUUCUUAUUUAAGUCUGCAGUUCAGAUAAUUUAAUCUCAAGAUCUAAGUCCUUUUGUUGCUGUAGUUUCAAGGAGAUUGAUAGGCAAGGUGUAUUCACACAACAGGCAAUACCAAUGCCAACUUGCCUUGCAUCCAUUCCAUCAGGUCUGGAUCUUGCUCUGCAAGCAGAACACAAAUACAGUUUCUUUGGGGCUGUCUUAUGCUUCAGUUUUGAUGUUGACUCAGAUUAAUAUAAGGUUCAAGUCAGUACAUGGAGCACUUGCAGCCUGUUUACUUCUGAUGCUCUCAUGGUGUGGUCUGUAUGACCAUGCAAAUCUGAUUUUACUGGGUUUGCAUGUGUCCUGAGCUAAACAGGAAGCAUUCUGAUGAUCUCAUUUCCAUUUUUUCCCGGUUGAUUCUUCAUGGAGGGAUUGUAGUUCUCUGUCUUGUGGCUUCCUGUGUGUAUAGUGCAGUACAGAGUAGCCAUUCCUCUGUAUAUGCCACAUUUACCAAAUGAUGGGAUUGUUAUUGUGUUUCCUUGUGGCCGAGGGUUCUACAGUUUCAUGCUGCAGUAGUAUGAUUUCUUUUGGAAAUGUGUAUGUGCUUAUAAAUGGUUUAUUUCUCUAGUAUAAGUUGUUGUGAAUGAGUAUACAGCACAACAGUUGUUCUGUCUCUAGAGAUGUGCACCUUGAGAAAGAAGUGUACUAAAGAAUUAUUCCUGUCUGACUUCUUGCAGCUCAUCAUUCAGUGGUGAGGUGGAUGUUUACAAAAAGCAAAGUGGUCCCAAAGCUAUGGAUAAUGUUUUGUCAAACUUAACUUUUUUGAAAUUUAUAAUAUAAUGUAAUAUAUUUUAAUAUUUAAAAAAACUGAAAAGUUUGAAUGUCAUACUUAAAUAAAAAUUAUUUCAAAACUUUG